CGGCGGUGGCGACGGCAGGGGCGGGCCUGUGACGCCCACAACCAGGGCCCCAAUUACCCCUCUGGCGCAGCUGCGGGCGGCGCGCACGCCCCCACCGUUGCAACCGCCGCCGCGGGCGCCCGAAACGCAGGCCGUGCCCCCCUUUGGCUCGCCGCCGCCGCAGGCGCCGGUUGGGUCGCCGCCGCCGCCCCCGCCGCCGCCGCUGCGCACGCCGCCGCAGCAAUACCCAAGCAGCGGCCGCUGCCAGCUUCAGCAGUCACCUGCAGCUGCGCCCGCCUGGCCGCUGCCGCUCGCGGCCUGCGCAGGAUGGCCAGUAGGGAGCGUUGGCGGCGGUGCUGGCGGCUGCGGCGGCGGCGUGUGCGGCAGCCCGCUGGCCCAGCACGCGGCGCCGUCCAACCCGCAGCUCCAAGAGGCGCGGCUGCACUGGCAGCAGGCACGGGGGCCGGGCAGCCCUGGCGGCGGACGUGGCGGCUUUGGAUCGCCCUCAGUGCCGCCGCCGCCGCCGCCGCCGCCCUACCGUCACCCGCAGCUGUGGGCUGUGUGA